AGGCGUUUAUCAGACCAUUCAGGGAACACCACAUCGAUCCGACUGCCAUCACUCGCCAUGACUUCAUCGAAACCAAUGGCGACAACUGUAUGAUCCCAAUCCUACCGCUGGCUCACAUGACUUACAAGUUCCUCACACACACACCAGAGGCCUUGGUGGCGUCCUACCCCUGGGACUGCUACGUCUUUGCCUUGGCGUUCUUUGUGACACUGACCAAUCAGAUUCAUAAGUGGAGCCACUCCUACUUCGGUCUCCCUCGAUGGGUCACGCUGCUUCAGGACUGGCAUCUGGUGUUACCACGGAAACACCACCGCAUCCACCAUGUCUCGCCACAUGAGACGUAUUACUGCAUCACUACAGGUUGGUGUAACUACCCUCUGGACCAGCUGGGAUUCUGGAGAAGGAUGGAGCGUCUGAUCCAACACCUGACCGGAGAGAAACCUCGAUCAGACGACAUGGCCUGGGCCAAAAAGACUGAUGAAUGAGUCCAGUCCGACCAGUACCGGGGUGGGGGCGGGGCCACAAACUUACUUCAUCAUCUGCAAGAGAGCAAACAUUUUAAAAUAUGAGAGCAAAAAAUAUGAAUGAUGUGAUAGUUGUGGAGGUUCAUGUCAACAGGAAGUGAACACCUGGUCAUUUUUAUGGCCCUUUUGACCCACAAGAUGUGCUGAUGAAUCUGGAGGUUGGGCUCUCCGGAAGAGAUGCCAAGCUGCUUAACACACACACACGCACGCACACACACACACACACACACACACACACACACACACACACACACACACACACACACACACACACACACACACACACACACACACACACACACACACACACACACACACGGGACUGUCAGCUCUCAGAGCUCUGUGAAGCUGUUUUUUGUUAAGGAGUGUGCACGUACAGCAUGCGCGCCUCGUGCACGAGCCUCCUAUUGAAGCUGCCGUUACACUUUUGGCCAGAGGGGGCAAUAGCGAGCAUAAAAAUUCAACUCCGUAAAGUCCCUUUAAAGAAGAAAGUAAAAAGAUGUGACAAUGAAUGUAUCAAUUAAUUUUGUUGAUAGUUUAUUUAAAAAUAAACUGUUUAUGACUAAAUAAAAGGAUUUUUUCCUUUAAAUCCUACCAGAGUCCAAAACCUGAUGGAUCCACAGAAACGUCAGCAUUUGGUCAUCUUCCUCUCUUCCUGUCCUUUCCUAAACUUCCCAAUCCGGUUUGUGACAUUCCAGGUUGGUGUAACUACCCUCUGGACCAGCUGGGAUUCUGGAGAAGGAUGGAGCGUCUGAUCCAACACCUGACCGGAGAGAAACCUCGAUCAGACGACAUGGCCUGGGCCAAAAAGACUGAUGAAUGAGUCCAGUCCGACCAGUACCGGGGUGGGGGCGGGGCCACAAACUUACUUCAUCAUCUGCAAGAGAGCAAACAUUUUAAAAUAUGAGAGCAAAAAAUAUGAAUGAUGUGAUAGUUGUGGAGGUUCAUGUCAACAGGAAGUGAACACCUGGUCAUUUUUAUGGCCCUUUUGACCCACAAGAUGUGCUGAUGAAUCUGGAGGUUGGGCUCUCUGGAAGAGACGCCAAGCUGCUUAACACACACACACACACACACACACACACACACACACACACACACACACACACACACACACACACACACACACACACACACACACACACACACACACACACACACACACACACACACACACACACACACACACACACACACACGGUUUUCUGUAUUUGGUUGGAACGACCGGGCCUUGCACGGUGGAGCCUGAAGGGCCGUUCUGCAGCUCGCUGCUGGUCUGCCUUAAUCUUUUUAUCUACUGUUUGAUCUGAAUAAAGAUUUCCAAACUCUAAA